UUUGCCCCUUCCCAAGUCCACAUUUGUGGCAUUGUGAAUUUGUUUUCUAUGUAACUUUUGCAAUUUUUUUAUUCUCUCAUUUUAUUUAAUUUUUUGAACAAUAUUUUUUUUUUUAACAUUAAAGUGGGUGUAAAGAGAUGAAGAUUUAAAUCGAAAAAUCAUUUGGGUGAUUUUGUGAGCCAGGGGACCUGUGGGUCAAACCGUCAAGGACUUGGAGGCCCAACCUGUGGACAACAAGUUUGACGUUAACCGGAAGUUGCAGCAUUUUCUUGGACCAUUUUCCGAAAAGCCCAAGCCAAAAAUCCCAAUUCAUUUGUUUCGCCGUUAUUCUUAACUAACUUUCGGAUUAUCCACCGCGCCAUUUCCAGUUCACGAUGUUGUGGCGAUGACGACGUCGACAACGAUGAUUACGUCAUCAACGAUCACUCCCCCGUUUCCACUACAACAGUUCUAUCUGUUCAAUGGGUUCACCUUCCCAACCCAUCAGCGUUUUAUCGAUCCUUUGUCAGCUAAGAUAUUCAGAAGGCAGAAGAGCGGCCGGCAAGUGUUCGUUAAAAUGGCGCUGAGAGGAGAGUGGCAGGAAUACGAGGAAGCAGUGAAAGAGAAGGACCUCGCUCGGGCCCUACGGUUCCUCAGAGAUAUUUCUAUGGAUCCUGGAAGUUCAGAGGAUAAGGCUUUGAUCAAUGAUAAUGGUGUUGGGCCUUUUGCCAAUGGGCUGCAGCAGCAAAGGGACUGCUGGGAUGUUCUGGACACGUGCUUGAAUGCUGAUGAUAUGAGGCUCGUGGGAAGUGCAUAUGCUUUUCUAAAGGAUCAAGGUCGCUUGCCCAGUUUUGGCAAGUACCGAAGUAUUGUUCUGGAAGGACCAAGAGACAUCACACCUACUGUAUUGAAGUCUGCUACAGGUUUGGAAGUUUCAAAGCUCUCACCAAAGAAGUGGGGACUUUCUGGAAGCUCCAGUGCUCUUCUUUUUGCUUCAUUAGCUGGAGUAUCAUUUUUGAUAAAUCAAGGAAUUGAUAUAAGACCUAAUCUUGCUGCUAUAUUGGGGCUGGCCAUGAUGGAUGCUAUAUUCCUUGGGGGAACAUGUUUGGCUCAAAUAUCAAGCUAUUGGCCCCCUCAUAAGCGUCGGAUUUUAGUGCAUGAAGCUGGCCAUCUGCUUGUAGCAUACCUCAUGGGAUGCCCAAUUAGAGGUGUAAUUUUAGACCCGAUAGUUGCAAUGCAAAUGGGAAUUAAAGGCCAGGCAGGAACUCAGUUUUGGGAUGAAGGACUGCAAACGGAACUUGCCGAAGGUCGGUUGAGCGGCUCGACCUUUGACAGGUACUGCAUGGUUCUGUUUGCUGGAAUUGCAGCAGAAGCACUGGUCUAUGGAGAAGUUGAAGGUGGAGAAAAUGAUGAAAAUUUGUUCAGGAGCAUUUCCUGUAUUCUCGAACCCCCUCUUUCUGUGACGCAGAUGUCAAAUCAAGCGAGAUGGUCAGUGCUGCAAUCUUAUAAUCUUCUCAAGUGGCACAAGGAUGCUCAUCGUGCGGCUAUCAAAGCUUUGGAAGCUGGAAGCAGUUUAGGGGCGGUCAUUAGAACCAUCGAAGAAAAUAUGUCUUCCAGAAAAUGAAAGCUGGAGGCAAUUUACACAUGACCAAUACUGUAAAGAUAACUGAUACCCAUUAGUUUAGAACCAGCACCAAGUAGAUGUUGGUCGAAAGGGCUCUCGUGGGUGUUGCAGCCUAAGCGCCGGAACCUACUCAUUUUCUCGAGCCGCUUAAUGCAGGCGUUAGAACCAAGCGCCAUAAUCACACCGCCUGCUUGAUUUAUCAUUACCAAUGAUGAACUUUGGGACUCCUGAAAACAGGAUAUCAACAAUCGAUCUUAUCAAAUGUCUUGAGGACACUUAGUGAAUAGUUACUCCUACACUUGUUACUAUCAUGAAACAAGCUUUUGUUGCUACAGGAUGAAGAGAAUGUAUUUCUUGAGUUAUAAAGGAUCGGUCCUCCGGGAUCUGCAUGUCAAUGGUCCAGAAGAUCAUCUACAUUAAUGUUCUCGAUUAGUACUACACUUAUAACUAUUCUGAAUUUUUUUCUUUCCGCAAGAAGUUGAUUCUUUAUUGUGGUAAAUCAACGGAUUAUUUUCCUGGAAAAACAAAUUAAAAGGAAUUUUUACUAUAGUUACUCUUAUUUGGGACAAAAUGAUAUCAUUUCAUAUUUGGGAUGAAUUUUAUGAAGGAUUGUUCUGCCGUACAUGUUUUAUAUCUACCUAUAACAAAUAAAUUU